UCUCUUUCCUUUUUCCCUCUCUCCCUCCUGCAGAUCAUAAAGGACCGUGUGUUCUCCCAUGUUUCCAGGAACAGGUACAUGUGGAACUCUCUACCAGGGGGUCUGCUGGUGUUGCCAGAGUACUCCACACACCUGGCCCAUUUCCCUUUCUUCUAUCUGAACCUGGGAGUGAGUCCAGGUCAGGAGUUCACUGCUGUCAUUCACGCUGUGACCCCAUUGGUUUCUCAGUCUCAGCCAAUCAUGAAGCUGCUCCAGGUGGUCUCCAAGUCUAAGUACUGCUCACAGAUCAUCAUCCUGUGGAACAGUGAGAAGCCAGCCCCCCACAGAACUAAAUGGCCCCCCAUGCCUGUGCCCCUCAUUGUGACAGACGGCAGGAGGAAGACAACCAGCAGGUUCCUGCCUAAUGCAGCCAUAGAGACAGACGCAGUGCUGAGUCUGGAUGAAGACACAGUCUUGCUGACAAGUGAAGUGAACUUUGCCUUCUUGGUGUGGCGUAGCUUCCCUGACCGCAUCGUGGGCUACCCCCCCAGGAGCCACUUCUGGGACCCCCUGAAGCACGCUUGGGGGUACACCUCCAAGUGGACCAACGACUACUCCAUAGUCCUGACCGGAGCAGCCUUCUACCACAGGUACUACCAUCACCUGUUCACCCACUACCUGCCGCCUUCGCUGCGAGCGCUAGUGGACCGCACCUCCAACUGCGAGGACAUCCUCAUGAACUUUCUGGUGUCCUCCGUCACACACUUGCCCCCUAUCAAGGUGGCCCAGAGGAAGCAGUACAAGGAGUUGCCCAGCCCCCAGGGUACCAAGGGUCUGCCCUGGACCAACCCAGAACACUUUAACCAGCGCCAGGAGUGCGUCAACACCUUCGCCAGCUGGUUCGGAUACAUGCCCCUGGUCCACUCCCAGUUCAGACUGGACCCGGUGCUGUUCAAGGACCAGGUGUCCGUCCUUCGCAAGAAAUACAAGGACCUGGAAAGGGCCUGAGGACGGCCAGAGGGACGGAUGCAGCAUCAGGGAGGUGUGGAGGUCCGGUGCAGUGUGAAUGAUGGACAAAAGGAAAGAUGGAGGGAUAGACAAAUGUGUGGCGCAGACUGGUCUGCAGCCCAGAGAAAAUGGAAAGGGGAACCAGUACCAGAGGUCAGAAGGAAACCCCACCUCCAUGGGGUCAGGGAAGACCACCUAUUGGUUGGCAACAUGUUUGGGGGCCUCUGAGAGGCCUUAUGAUUGGCUCUCUGUUGAAAGUAGACGUUCUCCAUAGGACGAGGCCUACUGUGGGUGUUCUUCCCGUGGCUGUUCCCAUAGAAGAAGCAGCGCCUUGUAUCAAGAGGACUCUGAGAGAAAGCCCAUGUUUCCAGUCGAGUACUGGCUGGCUGGAGGAUCUACAUUCAGAUGGUUCAUUUCAUAUCACAGUUGUAACUCUUAAGACCAA